AUGCCUGGUGCCAAUAUUAGCGGGUUGAAGAGACAUAAAUGUGUUGCUAAGCUGCCAUUGAAUGGUGGACAGCUGAAAAUCGGAGGCUUCGUCGCAGAUGAUACUCCGCUCUCGAAGGACGACCGUGAUCGUCUAAAUAGAUCAAUCCUCAAAUUCAUCUGUGCGACAGCGAACCCGUUCAUUCUAUGUGAGAACGAAGAUUUCAUGAAUCUGCUGCAAGAUGUAGCUAAUAUUUCUGCGAAGAGAGGGAGAAAGGUCGACAUCCGCAAAGAGAUUGUGUGCGCUAAAACGAUGAGAACACGAGCGUCAGAUCUGGCCAAUCACAGAAGGGAAAUGCUCGUUAAGGGUUUAAAGGACCAUCCCAGGCCUAUACAAGUGAGUGCAAUGGCUUUCAACUUGUUCCGUACGGCCUCAAUCAGAUGA